AUGGCUCAUCCGCGGUUUGGCGGCGCGCUCGACACGCCUCGAACGAAUGUGGGCGAUGCUACAUACCUCAGCAGGCAGCCUGAUUUUGCCGACAUUUCGCAAGAAGCCUCCUUUCACUCGCCGGGCAAGGACGGCGAUUUCCUGAAUGAGCUUCGCAACGGACAAUCAAAUGGAACCAGUCUUCGCACACCACGCCAACGAGGGCCGCUAGCCGAUCGAAGAAAUCUUCCCCAAAAUCUUGGAGGGGCUGAAUUUACACCUAUGCUCAAGUCUGCGGCGAGGCAUGGUGCUCGUAAGCUCGGCAAGGAGAAUGGAACUGCUGUGAUGAACACGCCAGGAUUGGAUCGGAUAGACGAAGACGAUAUGACCCCCAUACCACGAAUGGACAGCUCUGUGUUCUUGGGCUCUCGAAACCAGUCCUAUCUUGAUAACACGUUGCCCCAGGUUGACAGCAGUAGUGUUGCUUCCACCCCAUUGGCCCUGCAGCGUCGGAAGGGCGGUGAUAAGGGACCAUUAGAUGGCAACCAGCUGUCGCUAAGAGAACAAGAAAACGUCAUUGAUAGAAUUGAAAAGGAAAAUUUUGGCUUGAAACUGAAGAUCCACUUUCUUGAGGAAGCGUUGCGGAAGGCGGGCCCAGGGUUUAGCGAAGCAGCUCUCAAGGAAAACACAGAGUUGAAAGUCGACAAAGUAACGAUGCAACGAGAACUACAUCGAUACAAGAAGCAUGUCACGGCGACCGAGCGAGAUCUUGAAAGUUAUCGACAGCAAUUGCAAGAGGCUCAAGAAAGGGCACGACGGAAGCAAGGUGACGAAGGCAACCGCCAAGAACUAUCACAACUGCAAAAAACUUUGGAGGAAAAGGAAUCGAAUAUUGAUGCCUUGCAACAGAAGAUUAACCAGAGUCAAAACGAAGAGGAUCAAAUAGAAAAACUCCGUGACAAUAUUGAGGACCUAGAGGCCGAUUUACGCGAGAGGGAUCGCCAGAUAACGGAAAGAGAUGACGAGCUGGAUGAUCUCAGAGAUAAGCUAGAUGCUUCUGAAGACAAGGCAAAAGAAGCCCAGAGGAGAAUGGCAGAACUGGAGGGUGUGGCUGGAGAUAAUGAGGAAUUAGAAGAGGCCAAGGAGAACAUUCAGGACCUCGAAAUUACUAUCCGGCGCUUGGAGGAACAAGUCGAGGAGUUGAAGGAGAAAGCCGACGAAGCGAUUAGCCAGAAAACCCGGGCGGAAAACGAUCUAGAGGAACUCCAAGAAGAGAUGGCUAACAAGUCUGUAAUGACAAAAGGGCUUUCACGACAAGUUGAGGAGAAGAUUUCUCGCCUGCAAGAAGAGCUAGACAGAUCCGGCAAAGAGUACGCUGAGCUGGAGAAGGAAUUGACCAGUGCAAACGAGGAAAACGAGCAACUCAGAGCUGAAGUGGAUGAAAUGAGAAAUGAGCAAGAUGAAAUUCAACAUGGAAGACGGCUCGACUCAACCAGAGUCCAAGACCUUGAAGCAGAACUUCUUGCUGUUGCAGAUGAGAAGGACCUUCUGCAAGGGCGGCACGAAGCACUGAUCAGUGAGUCCGAUGCUCUGCAGAGUGAAGUGCAGAGACUAGAAACGGAGGUCGAGGAGCUGCAGAAAAAUGUUGCAGACGAGAGAGAGUAUGCGUUGGAGAUCGAAAAGGACCUCCGACAACAGUAUCAGGAAGAACUAGAACGAUUGAACGACUCCAUUUCAGAUUUACAAGCCGAGGUUCGCGAGAGGGAUAAUCUUUACGAUAAUGAUAGUGAAAAAUGGGAGAAUGAGAAGCAAGCUUUGGUAUCCGAGAGAGAGAGAGCAGAAGAGAAGGCAGCUGGCUUGCAAAGAACCAUCGAUCGUCUUCGUGAAACAGAAGGAAACUUGUCUAGCAAAGAAACUGCUUUGCAGCAGGCCAUGCAAAGCGAGAUGGAACGACACAAGAGCGAAGAAGCCGUGUUGACCCGUCAAAUAGACGACCUUCAGGACGCCCUGGAAACACGGCAAACAUUGCUCACGAGCUUGAGGAAUGAGCUCUCGACCGUCCGGGAUGAGCUUCGACAAACGCAAAUUGACUAUCAAGCACAAGUGGGCAAAGUUGCUACGUUGGAAAGUGAGGUGGAGGUGCUACGAGCCAAGAGCAGCAAUCUAGGCACACCGGGCCGACGUGACGCAUUGGCAAGAGAUUCACAAUAUCUGCGAGAUCAGAUUGCCCGACUCAAGGCUGAUCUCACCACUUCUCAAUCGUCUCUUGCAGAAGCUAAAGCACAACGCGAUGAGCUUCAGGUUCAGAUUCGACGAAAUGCAUCCCAAGAGAAUGAUACUCUCCAAAUAGAUCAAGAGCGCCUUGAUAUGAGAACUGCGAAGCUAAAGCUGGAUACCGAGGUCUAUCGUCUCAAGGACGAGAAUAAGUCACUUAGCGAACGGUGCAUUGCUGCAGAAAAAUCUCUUGAGGAUGAAAUCGCCAAAGCGACAGCACUAAAAGCGUCUCAAAGCAAGACAAGAUCGACUGCAACGUCUUCGCCAGCAAGCCAAGACCUCAGUUCUGCUCAGCAUACAAUACGAGAGCUGCAGCAAAAGGUGAAAGAUUACGAAGACGAGGUGAUCAAGCUUGAAGCAGCCGGAACCGGGGCGGACAUCGGCAGCUUGUCUACCAUGAGAAAGGAUCUAUCCGCUGCACGCCAGAAGGAACUCGACUUCCUACGCAAAGAGGCAGCUCACCGCGACAGUAUCAGGGACUUCAACAUGCAGAUUGCCGACUUGGAGCGGCAAUUACAUGAAUCCAAGGUCUCUCAAAUGUCAAGAUCCCCCGCAGGUGCGAGCGCCAAGUCUAAAGAUGAUGCUGCAGCUAUAAGGCAACGGCUCGCAGAAUCACAACGUGCCUUGGAUGAGCUAAGGUCGCAGAGCGCUGAAUCGGAACGAAUGGCAUCCCAAGCAAUAGAAGAGUUGCAGAAGCAGAUGGGCGACCUGGCAGACCAAAAACUUGUGCUAGAAGAAGUUCUAGACGAAGCAAACCAACAGGCCGAAGAUGCUGCAGCAGAGAAUGACAAAGCUUUGCGCCGCCUGAAGCACCAAUUAGACAAGGCGGAACGAGAACGAAAUGUGGCAUAUGCUUCGCAAUCGGAGAAUAGCAAGCAAGGCAAACACCUAAGGAAGAGCCAGGCAGAGGUUGAAAACCUGGAGCAUGAUAUUCGGCAACAGCAAGAACUAAUUGAUGCCCUGGCUGCCACUGAAUCGUUGCUGAGACGCAAGUUGGAGCGCGCACGCAGCGAACGAGCAGCGUUUCGUAUGACUGCUGAAAAGCUGCAACGGGAUAUCCAACUACUCCAGGUUUCGAGUGGCCCUGUACCAAGCCAAUACGACCGGCAUGCCGGGAAAAUACAACAUCAUCACAUCAAAAAUGCCGACAACCACGCAUUCGAAACACUGGUUCGUGCAGCCGAGGGGGCUGAAGAGCGACAUAACAAGGAGCUCAAGGGAAUGGUCAUGCAAAUGGAAUGGAUGCAGGCGCGAUGGGAGCGAGAAGCCUCUCUCAGGUCAGAUGCUGCAUAUGCUAAAAAGUUUAUCCAGCUGCAACUAGAUGUUGCCAAUGCUUGCAACAAGGCUCAGCUGCGUGAACUCGAGCACAUCCGGACCAAUCUUCUUCACAGUAAAAAACCAUUGGCCCUUCCUGUUGCGCCCAGCGGCCUCGCUUUUGGAAAGACAAAGGCGACUUCGAUUCGGCCAUUCCUCACCAUGGCUCGCUUCAUUGCUCGCAUGCGCAUCGCGUCGCGUAAUUGGGCUCAACAGGAGCAAGUUCGUCUCAAACUAGUCGCAGCUAGAGACGACCAACGCCGGGUCAAACGAUCUAAGCAGCUCAAAGUUGUUCGAGUGGACGCAUGA